AUGGCAAGCCUUGAUAAUCAAAAGGAAAUCAAUCUCCCUCACGCUCUUGAAGAGUGGAAAACCCUGAGGUUUCAGGAUUUCCAAAGGGUUAGAGAUUACAAUUCCACUAUCUUGAGGAUAGUUGCACAAUUAAAAUAUUGUGGUAACCCUGUCACCGAAGCAGAAAUGCUUGACAAGACAUACAAUACUUUCCACAAAGAACAGAGCGUCUUAUCCCGAAUUUACAGAAAAUGUGGGUACACCAAAUUUUCUGAAUUGAUGGUAACACUCAUGUUGGCUGAAAAGAACGAUGAGUUACUAAUCAAAAACCAUAAUUCCCGACCUACGGGAGCCAAGGCAUUUCCCGAAGUGAAUGCUACGGCGGUAGAAUAUUCGGGAAGGAGAAACCAGACCAACCGAGGUCGUGGUCGGCGUUUCAACAACAAACGUGGAAAGCCUUACUAUCCUAAAAGUAUUAGAUCUAACAAAUGGGUUAGAUCUGAACAACCUCCUAAAGGCAAAGAAACCGAAGAGGAUACCACAAAGAAAAGUGAGACUGUAUGUUACAGAUGUGGAUGUAAAGGACAUUGGUCCCGUACCUGUCGUACUCCUUCACAUCUCUGUAAGUUAUAUCAAGAGUCCACGAAAGGAAAGGCUAAAGAGGUGAACCUCACGGAAAAUGUUGAAGGGACCUCAUAUGUUGAAUCCUCCGACUUCGCUAAUGAGCUGGACUAG